AAAUUUAUAUUGGAACCAACUUUCAGAGAGGUUUGAACCUCGAGUUGCAGAGGAGGCUAUUAGUCUUUUACCACCAGGCUGACCCACGAUGGUCAUUCAAAUGCUUUUUAUGACUACAAAAACUAAAGCUAAAACAUCAUAUCAUUGUAGUCGAUGUGUUCACCAGCCACUUCUUGUUAUUUGAAAGAUGGAAAGAAUAGCCCUUUCUUGGUGCAAGCUUUUAACAUGGAGAUGGGACUCAUCAAAACCAAACCAUUUUCAGAGUCGGUAGCUUUACUCUUUGAUUAACGUGGCACAUUAGCAACCUAACCAACUUGCUGGAAAUAUGCAUGGAAAGGAGAAAGAAUCCGAGUGUGGAAAAGAAAAAGAAAAAGUGGUGUCAUUUUCUGUGCAAACUCUCUGUGAAAAUAUCAUUUUCCAUGACAAAAAGAAGAAGGAAAAAGGAAAAAGAAGAAAGAAAAGAAGCCUUCUUAUAUCUGCUAGAAGGCCAACAAUUAUCAAAACUAUUUUUAGUACUUUCUGGAGAGGCAUGGGUUGCUUAUUUAGAAUCCUCCCAUCAUGGGGGCCAUCUGUUUGACAAAAUUCCAGACUGAACUGUAGUCAGAUUCUUGUCAUUUGUCAAUUAUAUAACUGCUGUCACAUUAUGUGUUGUUACAACACAUUCAUGGUUUGCUUUCCAGAAAGGUGUGAAACUGUUCUCCUAAUCGGGAUUAUCCAAAAGUAAUACACCUAAGACUUCCCUAGUAGAGUAUCGAUGAAGGAUUAGGUCGUCACAGUUCUAGCUGUUGAUAUUAGAAUAGGGAUUAUUUCUUUUUCUUGAUAAUCCCAGCCUGCAUCUGAACAAUAAUGUCAUCAAGGCCCAGAAGAGGAUGUUUCAAAGUUCUUCCCGAGAAGAUUUUGUCUGAUAAUGUUUUAACUCUUCCAACCAUCCAAAGCAAUGUUCUUAUCCCUCAGUGUGAACAUGUAAAGUAAGAAUUUGUUUCCUCAAACACCCUGCCGUUGACGAAAUCUUAAGCCCGCACAUGUUAUUGGCUAUGGAUGAAAUUCAUGGGCCCUACUGCUGCUUUGUUCAAGCAAUUAUUAUAUAGCAUUAUUCUGAUUUCUUGUGUAUUUUCUUCUAAUAUAUAUGCAGGAAGGUGGUGGAACCAAAGAAAAAAAACAUAAACACGAUGGCUAACGUUCUAACUGUUUCAAUUGUGGUAGUUUUUUUCUGUCUCUGUGCAUGUGAGGCAAGGAAAUUACCAUUCUUGGCUGCUGCUGAUGGAAUCUGCAAAUCAGUGGUGGAGACACAAGGCUAUCCUUGUGAAGAACACAAAGUGGAGACGAAAGAUGGUUAUAUUCUUAGCAUGCAAAGGAUUCCAGCAACAAGGUCUGGUGAUAAACCCAACAAUGGACCUGUUCUUUUACAACAUGGGCUCUUUAUAGAUGCUGCAUCAUGGCUGUUGAACUCACCGGAACAAUCUUUGGCAUUCAUCUUGGCUGAUAGCGGGUUUGAUGUUUGGCUUGCCAACACACGUGGCACUAAAUAUAGCCGUGGACACACAUCACUUGGUCCAAAUGAUCCGGCUUACUGGGAUUGGUCAUGGGACGAAUUAGCUGCAUAUGAAUUACCUGCUUUAUUCCAGUAUGUUCAUGACCAUACAGGGCAGAAACUACGCUAUGUUGGGCACUCCUUGGGAACUUUGAUGGCUCUUGCUGUUUUUUCACAACACAAGUUAUUGAAUAUGUUGAAAUCUGCUGCCUUGCUCAGCCCGAUUGCUUACCUGGGUCAGAUGCCUGCACAACUUGCAAAAGCUGCAGCUAAAUCUUUCCUAGCAGAAGGCUUGUAUUGGUUGGGCCUCCAUGAAUUUGUUCCAGGAGGAGGGGCUGUUGCUCAACUUGUGGAAGAUAUCUGCAACAGAACACACAGUAACUGUUCCAACUUGAUGGCUGCUUUUACAGGUAAUAGUUGCUGUGUCAAUUCUUCCAAGAUAGAUGCUCUUCUUGAGCAUGAACCACAGCCAACAGCAACAAAGAACAUAAUCCAUAUAUCACAGAUGAUUCGAAGAGGGACCAUAGCAAUGUAUGACUAUGGCAGCCAGGCAGAGAACAACAAACACUAUGGGCAGGCCUCUCCUCCUGUGUACGAUAUGGCGAGCAUCCCAAAUGAUGUUCCUCUUUUCCUCGGCUAUGGAGGGCAGGACAUGCUUUCUGAUGUGAAGGAUGUGCAGACACUGUUGAACUCUUUCAAAGAUCACGAUGCUGAUAAGCUUGUGCUACUCUACAGGAAGGAGUAUGCACACGCCGAUUUUGUUUUAGGUGUAAAUGCGAAUGAAGUUGUCUAUGACCCUCUCAUGGCCUUCUUCAAGGUCCACUGAUAGUGUCUUAAAACAUAAAAUGUAUUGCUGGUUUACUCUUUAUAAUUUAUAAGCAGAAAAUUUUAACACUAGCUUGUGGAAUUUGACAAUAGAUAAG